GGGAUAAACACUUCAAACUGAAACAAUCCCGUCUCACAGCUGGAAUCUGAGUGGGGUGUCGGUGUUGGUGGUGUCUCUUCUGACUCUGGAGAAACCAAGUCUCCUUCAAGGAGCUGGGGCUGAAGUGGCUUUGGGUGUGGUUCAGCAUCAGGAAGUCAGUCUAUUUGACGCACAAGCUCCCUGAAGCAAAAUGGAGAAGGCCUGGUGCCUCCGGGUCACUUGCAUGCUCUGGGUCUGGUCUGUGGCUUCAGGACACCCCUGCAACAUUGACAAGAAGGGAUGGGCUGCCUGCAAUGGAAAGAGCCUUCUCUCUGCUCCAGAUUCCCUUCCCAGACAUAUCACCAACCUGGACCUGUCCUUCAACUCCUUGACGAUGCCCAGAAAUGGAACCUUCCUGGGAAGUUUUCCUUCUCUACGCUCCUUAAACCUCUCCAGCAACACCAUUCCUACUCUCUAUCCAGCACUCUUCUCUAACCUCAGGUUUCUCCACCUAUUGGAUUUAAGUAGCUGUGGCAUUUCCUACAUGCACCCAAAGAGCUUCCUGGGCUUGCAGAACCUUCAUAUUCUGCUCUUGAAAAACAAUAAGCUUCAUUCUCUGGACCCUUCAGUGUUCCUUGUUCCUGGGACCCUUGCCCAUGUGGACCUACAAAACAAUGAACUGUCAGAUGCUGAUGAACUUGCCCAGUUACUUGAGCAAAGAAUCGAUCAUGUCAAGCUUCAGGGGAACCCCUGGGUGGACAGUAGCUCCAUCAUUCCUUUCCAACAGGAUCUACAGCAAAAAGAAGGCAAGCAGAUUCUCUUUGAAACACACCCAGAACUCCAAGCUCAAGAGAUUAGAAAUCCGAACCAUCAUCACCUGGGCCACAGAAGAAAACUACGGGUUCCUCGGGCUGAAUCUCCCACCAGCGUAGCACCACCAGAGAAUGACACAUUGACUACAUCUCCCCCUGGAAAGAUUGCAAAAAGCUGGCCAUACUUUGCUGGGUUUGUGCUUUUGGCUAUUGGCAUUUCCAUUGUCGUUGCAUUGGUUGCCAAAUGCAAACUGCACCAGAGGAAUCGUGCCAGUUACCACCACCAGCGGCUGCCUGAUUCCCGCUCAGUUGGGAGCAGCCAUGCUGAGGAAGCUGACACGGAUCUUGUGUUUGGGAGGAAUCAGCCACUGCCCAGGGCUGGUGGGUGCCCUGCAGAGGAUGAUGACGGUUUCAUUGAGGAUAACUACAUUGAGCCCAAUCAAGACUUGAAGAAAGAAGAAGAGGAAGAGGAGCAGGAGGAGGAAGAGACAUUGGAGCCCCAUUUCAAACUCUGAAGGUCGAGGGUUGAGCAGCAGGAAUUAAGUCCCAGUUAUUCAUUGAUUUCUUGACAACCCCUUCCUCCAAUAAUUUGGUUCAAGAUAGAGAUCUGAUCUCCAUUCCUUAGCCACAAGGAUCAUGCUGCCAGCCAUUGUCUUUGUCUAAGUAUCUCUGCUCUCUGAACCGCAGUAUUUUCUCAAUAUAUUUUCAUUCGCAUGGUUUGAGUUUUCCUACUGUUACACAGAAGCAAGCCCCACAUUUCUGUGGGACUUGGCUCCCAAGUUAAUGUGUAUAGCAGGGCUGCAUGACUUC